UCCCCCACCACCCCGCCAAAAAAAAAAAAGAAUGUACGAAAGACAAACUUAAAAUUUUUGCGUCAUUAUUACCAUUGUUAAUAUUCAGUGUAUUAAGACGGCACUAUUUAUUUAAUCUUAUUUAGGAAAUUUUAUUUUUCCUCAAAACAAGUAAUGAAGUUUUAAUAUAUUAUGAGUUGAUUUUAGCUCUAUAUUCUACAACAACAAAAUUUGUAUAUAUAUAUAUAUGACUUUGUUUCUUGACUUAUAUAUUAGAAACAUAACCUUUAAAUAACAAUCAUAAUAAUAACAAACAGACGCGCGGAAAUUCUUAUUGUCAAUAAUUAAGAAAAUUCGUAUGUAUUCCCGAUUUUUAGUAACGGGAGGUGUUGUGAAGGUGAUGCUCAUAAAAUGGGCGAUUAUCGGGCUGGCCUAGAGGAAUUGAAAUUGGAUAGUGCACUCUUCGCCAACGUAAAAUACUACGUCAGUGGCGAAGGGGACCCUAAGAUAUUAAGUUUAUUGCAAGAAGGUGGAGCAGAGAGAUCAAAUUAUUUCAGUGAUUUUGUAACACAUUUAGUAGCGGGUUACGAGGCAAUUGAAAAUGAUAUUUCUGCAGCCAAAGAUCUUUAUGAAAUUCCGGCUGUCACACAAAACUGGGUUGUAUAUUCUGCCAAAUGUCAGAAGUUACUUCCAGUUCAAUAUUUUUCACCGGAAGAUAAUCAAUUAUUCUCCAAUGUACAAGCAUGUAUUUCACAAGUAAGUCAUGGAGAUAGUAAAGCACUUUGGGCUAUGAUAACAUUUCAAGGCGGUAAAUGUCAACUUCGAUUGGAUCGUUAUUGUACUCAUUUGAUUGUUGGAAAGGCAAGUGGCGCAAAAUACGAGAUAGCAACAAAAUAUAAUAUACAAAUAGUUACACCCGAUUGGAUUGUUGAAUCAUCAAAAAAAAGAACAUUAAUUAAAGAAGCUGAAUUUCAUCCACGACUAUUGAUGUAUCCAUCGCCAAAUAGUUCAACUGCAUUGAUAACAGGAUUCAUGGAUGAUGAUGCACUUAAUAAUUCCACUCAAGAAGAGCAGGAGGAAACGAAUGCAGUUUUAGAACAAUUGAAACAACGUAUGCCUUGGAAUCAACCAAAUCAACAUAUAAACACUGAAGUUAAUUCAACGCCCGUUUCUGUUUUUCAAUCAUCAACACCACGUGUUUCAAGUAAUCAACAUUUUGUUCGUCAAGUUGCCGUUACCACAUCCUCAAUUGCGCCAUCAGUCAAUCAAAAUUUGAUGAAUCAAAAUUGGCUACCAUCGAAUUCACAGGCAAAUAAUUUAUUGCAAAUGAAGAGUCCAUUGCAAAAUCAAAUGCAAGAAUUGCAGAAUCAAAUGAGUCAACAAAUGAACGAAGUUCAGGUCAAUCAACAGAUGAGUCAUAUUAAUCAACAACAUUUGAAUCAGCAGAUUAAUCAGCAAAUUAAUCAUCAGCCUGUUCAGAUGCAGCAAAUUGUCCAACAGGCUCCGCAGCAGAUGAAUCAACAGAAUUUUUCUCUUCAAAAUCAAAAUCUGAUGACACCACCUCAGCAAGUGAGUAGCCAAUUGUCACAAUUGCAACUUACGACCCAGCAGCAGCAACAACAGCAGUUGAUAGUCGCUCAGCAAAAGCAGCUUUUGGCGAAUCCGCAAAUUAGCCAACAGCAAACUCAACAGCAAAUUAGUCCUCAAAGUCAUUUGUCGCAGCAGAUUUCUCUUCAACAAUUGCAGCCGGCGCAACAAUUGCAAAAUCAAUUGCAAACUCAACAAAUACAAAAUCAACAAUUGCAAAAUCAAAUACAAAAUCAGAUACAAAAUCCACAAUUACAAAAUCAGAUACAAAAUCCACAGAUACAGAGUCAACAAUUGCAAAAUCAGAUACAAAAUCCACAGAUACAGACCCAACAAUUGCAAAAUCAACAAAUACAGACGCAACAAUUGCAAAAUCCACAAAUACAAACGCAGCAAAUACAAAAUCAACAACUGCAAACACAACAAAUACAGAAUCAACAAUUACAGACGCAACAAAUACAAAAUCAACAACUGCAAACUCAACAAAUACAGAAUCAACAAUUACAGACGCAACAAAUACAAAAUCAACAAUUACAAACACAACAGUUGGGACAGGUACAAAAUCAAUUGGUAGUGGGUCAACAAUUACAAAAUCAACAACAACAACAACCGCCGCCGCAGCAGCAGCAGCAACAGCAGCAGCAAUCCCUAACCCACGAGCAGCGCCAACAACUAAUGCUCCUUCAGCAGCAACAGCAGCAGCAGCAAAAAAUCCAACAAAUCUCCCAGCAACUCCAACAAUCAGUACCGCAAACCUCGCAGCAAUUUGUAAUUCGCGACGGACAAUUACAACAACAAUCGCCCGGUCAACAGCUAAUAAAUCCAACGCAACAAAGUUUCAUCGUUCAACGUGAUCCACAAUGGCAACAGCAGCAAUAUCAUCUUCAAUUACAGCGUCAACAGACGCAACAACAAAUUGGCCAACAACGUCCCGGCGGACAAUGGACCCAACAACCUCCACAACCACCGCGGCAACUAAUUCAAUUGGACGCCCAAACUCAUCAGCAACUACAACAAAUGGAUCCCCAGCAGCGCGCUCAAUUUAUACAAAAAAUACAAAAACAAAGAACCCUCCUCAUGCAUCGACAAAUGCAUAAUCGUCAAGCACAACAGGGUCCUCAUAUUGCCGUUAUUCGUAGUCCAGGUAAACCCGGACAACCCGGUAUUCAAUGGGUGCAACAACAACCAAGGCCACCGCAAUUAAUUGGACAGACAGCGGGACAAAAACCAAUGCACAGUGUACAACCACCGGCAUUAACGCCAAUAAAUCCACAAAAUCAAGUGAUUGUACAAACAGCGCAACCUGUUUCGCAAGCAUCGCAAGCAACUGGCACAUUUCAGCAGGGACAACAAUUGACGCCUCAACAAUUUACGCAAUUGCAAAUUCAAAAACAACAACAAAUGGCGAGAUUACAGUUGCAGCAUCUUCAGCAGCAGCAGCAGCAGCAACAACAGCAGCAGCAACAACAACAACAGCAGCAACAGCAACAGGGAGCGCAGCAGGAACCGACAACUUUAACGGCAUUGCCGGUUAAUAAUCAAAUAUCACCGGAGCAACAACUUGUGGUGAAUGCCAAGACAAAAACUGCUCUCGCCAAUAUGUUGACAAAUAGAUUGCAAGGCGGUGCAACGGAGGGUAGUGCUGCGGGACAAUUGAGACUUAUGACUGCACAACAUCGACCACCACCUCCACCUUCACAGGAUCCACAAUUAUUGGCUGCCUAUCAAAGAAGAACAUUGGGUAAUAUUACUAAUGGUGCGCCUGUUGGGGGACAAAUUAAAAUGCAAUAUACACCGGCAAUGCAACAACCAAAGGCACAAUUUUAUGGACAUAAUCCUAAUUUGAAAUUGCCACCAGAUCUAUUUCUUCUUGGUUGUAUAUUUGUAAUUGCCGAAUAUGAUACACAAAAUCCAAAUGAAGUCUCAGUAUGGAAACAAGUUAUUGAAAGACAUGGCGGUGAAGUUGAACCACAAUAUUGUGCACGUGCAACCCACGUUCUUUCAAUAACGCAAAAACAUCCAAUUGUCGUUCAAGCGCUUAGAGAAGGAAAACGUUGUAUUAGCGCCCAUUGGCUUUCAGAUGUUGUAAAUAAACAACAAGUUCUUCCACCGUGGCAUGCACUACAUUUUCCAACACAUUUCAGUCUCACUGAAUUUCCAUGCAAUAAACAUAUCAUAUCAUUAUCUGGAUUUGAGGGCGAAGAACGUUCUAAAGUUAAAAUAAUGCUCGAAACACUUGGGGCAAAACUCACUGUUUAUUUUUCGAGACACAAUACACUUCUUGUUUGCAGAAGACCCGAUGGUGCAAAAUAUAAAAAAGCAAGAGAAUGGCAAAUCAAUGUUGUUAAUGCCCAAUGGUUGACGGAUUUACUUUGCGGACAAAUGAGUGCUUUACAUCAAAUUGAUGCUCCCAAAUAUCAACAAUUCAGUUUAGGAAAUCCUUUCCGGCUGGAUUAUUCACUUGUGCCACAAUUAAUGGCUGCUUGGAAAAUGCCAAUAAACAUAACACAGGAGUCAUACGAUAAAGUAAAACAAGUUGGACAAGGACCAAAUGCACUGAGAAAAUAUAAGAAACCUAGAUUAGAUGUUCCAUUAGCAAUUAAGGAUCCACAUUUACUUGGUCUUGAUGAGCCAAUUGUUGUUUGUAAUCCCGAUCCUCCACCACCUGAUAAACAACCAAGAAUUCUUUUCUCUGGAAUUGAUCCUAGAAAACAUGCAAAGAGAAUUCGAGAAUUAGGUGGUGCAAUGGCUGCAAGUUGGAGAGAUGCAACACAUUUAGUAAUGCCAUCACCAAUUCGAACUGUCAAACUUCUUUGUUGUUUGUCGCGUUGUAAAUUUAUUGUAACUCUUCAAUGGCUUCUUGAUUGUUACACAAAAAAUACAUUCUUAGAUGAAACAUCAUAUAUUCUUGGUGAUUCGGAAUUUGAGAAAAAUUUUGGUUGCAAUAUUCAGAAAGCUCUUACCAGUCCUAAUAGAGGAACUGUACUUAAGGGGAAAACAUUUUAUGUAACGCCUAGCGUAAUUCCUGCUCCUUCAUCAAUUGCUGAAAUUAUUGAAAGUGCUGGCGGUGUAAUGGACAAAACGCGAAAAUCACUCGCUACUAUUCAAGAAAUGAAUAGCACCGAAUUGAAUUACAUUAUAAUUACACAUGAAAAUGAUCUUCAUCUAUUGGCUGAUGUGAUGCGAGCAAAUAUAAAUAUAUUUACUGCAGAAAUUGUAAUGGGUUCAAUUGCGCGACAAUGUUUCAAAGUUGAGGAUCUCACACAGUGAAAAGGACUCUCAUUUAAAGAAAAAAAAAAAAUAAUUUAAAAUUUUCCAAAUAAACUUUAGUUUCUCGUGAAUUGAAAAAAAAAAGUUGGCUUACCUUUCAGUCUCUGGGACAAUAAAGAUAUACAUAAUUUUAUGGUAA